GGUUUUCAAUGAGGACCGGAAGUUCAGGCUAUAGUACUUUUCCUUCCGCCUCCGUGUCUCUUCCUAUGAGUUUCUGCAGGAUGCUGAUGACUGCAUCUAAGCAAGUCAGUGAAGUGUGCUGUUCCGGCGGGUGAUGGAGCUGGUGUGGCUGGCCGAAGGAUUAGCGGUGCUGGCGGUCUCGGGGCUGGUCUUGGUUGCUGUCAUUGCCCACAUAACUGCAACAAAGUUUCCAAACCUUAAUCGACAUGAGGAUGAAAAGUACUUUUUAAAUGCUGAAGAUAGGAAGGAAUAUCUGCCCAGCAUUCAUGAUCCCCCAACACGUGGCCUUACCAUAGUUGUCCCUUCAUAUAAUGAGGAAGAGCGAUUACCAUCAAUGCUGAAUGAAGCUUUAGACUAUCUAGAGAAGAGACAGAGGCAAGAUCCUGCAUUCACAUAUGAGGUUAUAGUGGUUGAUGAUGGCAGCAGAGAUCAAACCACAAAGGUUGCGCGGAAGUAUACCCAAAAAUAUGGCAGUGACAAAGUGAGAGUCCUCACUCUAGUGAAGAAUCGUGGAAAGGGGGGAGCUGUCAGAAUGGGUGUAUUCAGUUCACGAGGGGAGAAAAUACUCAUGGCAGAUGCUGAUGGAGCCACAAAAUUUGAAGAUAUUGAAAAAGUUGAAAAGGGUCUUGAGAGUCUCCAGCCCUGGCCUGACCAGAUGGCCAUUGCCUGUGGCUCUCGAGCUCACUUGGAGGAAGACUCAAUAGCCCAGCGGUCUUACUUCCGUACACUUCUCAUGUAUGGAUUCCACUUUCUAGUAUGGUUCCUCUGUGUUAAAGAAAUCAAAGACACUCAGUGUGGUUUUAAACUAUUAACCCGAGAGGCUGCUUCCCGGACUUUCUCAGUUCUGCAUAUAGAGCGCUGGGCAUUUGAUGUGGAACUUCUUUAUAUAGCUCUGUGCUUUAAAAUACCAAUAGCAGAGGUUGCUGUCAGCUGGACAGAAAUUGAAGGUUCUAAAUUGGUUCCAUUCUGGAGUUGGUUGCAGAUGGGCAGGGACCUUCUUUUUAUACGACUGCGAUAUUUGACUGGUGCCUGGCAGCUUGAAACAAGAAAAAACAAUUAGGUUAUUUAUACCAAAUGGAUUGUUUGAUAUAAAAACUAUGGUGAAUUAUUUCAACAGUACAAAAUAAGGAAAAAGCUAAGAUUGCUCUUUAUUAUCGUUUUGUGCUGCAUUUUGUGGAUCUAUUUUAAAAAUUGCCAAAUAUGGAUGUCCUAUAUAACAAGCCUUUUUCAUUUUUUUAAGUUUUGCAAUUGGGGAUCAAUCUUUUUACUCUUGUAACAGCAUUUUCCACUUGCACAAAAUAUUCUUGGGAAAAUGUACAGCAGAAAUUAAUACAUGCUAAAAAUCCCAUGGACUGCUUUUUAAUAAUGUCUGUCAUUGCAGUUAGCCAAAGCAUUGUUCUUUGUAUCUUUAUGCACAAGAGAGCACCUCUUUGAAUGCACACAGUGUCACUUUGGUUAAAAUGAAUGGGGAAUCCCUUGCGUAGGAGACAUCCCCAGUACUUGCAGGAAACACUUAAUUUGGACAUUGCUUUAUUUAAACUGGUCACUGGAAUUUUUAGAAUGGCAGCAUCCAUUUUCUAGGAUUACCAUGGAUGAUGUAGAACAUUUUUAGACCAGUGGGAAAGAGUUGUGCACUAGUUGAAUUCACCCAUUAAAUUCAAUGGUUUGUGAAAUUGCUUUAGCUGGAUGGCACCUACUGUGUAUUCUACUAAAGGUACAUUUGUGAGAUAUGCCCAAGAACUGGAGUCCAGAAGACAAGGAAAUGUUUGUGCAACAAGACUGUACUAGCAUCAGUUUUCUACAAUAAUUGUGAUUGUGUUAAGCUCUGACCAUAAUAGACUUAUUCUAACAAUUUUUCAA